AUGAAGGACUCUAAUGAAGAGUUGAAUAAGAUAAGCAAUCUAGCUCAAAAUGAAGAAACAUCAGGAUAUGAUGAGCUUGAGAAUCUGAAUCGCAAAACGAAUGAUGGAACAAGUGCUGGACACUCAUCACACUAUCCGAAGUUACAACCAAGUCCGAUUGGUAAGGACGAUUCAUUUGCAUCAUCGAAUGCAGAACGGCAUGAUGCAGAUAGGUCGAAGGGCCCGAAAACAAGAGUUAAUAAUAAUGAGGGCCACAAAAUAGAUAUUGCAUCCUCUCCAGCCGAUCAGUCAUUGGAGCAAAGCUCACGUCAGCCCAGUCGACGAUCCUCGAUAGCAUCGUUAAGUAACUUUAAUAAGUUCACAAAAAAUUUCAUUGUGCCAGCAGCUAAGUGGGCAUAUUCCCCGUUAAAAAGUAGGUCUAAAAGAGAAAAACUAGACCCGUCCUACACGAUAGAGUACUCUGUGUUCAAGCCUAUACCAUACUUCAAACAAAUCAAAGAUGAUGAUGACUUUUUAGAGCAUUGGCAUAGGAUUAUAAGCGAGGAAUACUGGCCAAAUCAAUAUCCCCAGAAUUAUAUAUCUUCUUUUGGAUUCGAAAAUUUGUUAAACUUGGUUACUGAGUUAAUAGAGAUAGAACAUUUGUAUCCUCAGAGAAUUGCCCAAGGUUCAUCAGGUAGCUACUUUGUGUUUGCCAAGAGGCUUGUUGAGGGACAUUCUGAGUUGUAUAAAGCCGGUGUGUUCAAGCCUAAGGAUGAAGAGCCAUACGGCCCACUAUCACCAAAAUGGACUAAAUGGCUUCAUAGGACCUUUUUUCCGUGUUUUUUUGGUAGGGCGUGCUUGAUUCCUAACCUAGGCUACGUAAGUGAGGCUGCUGCAUGCGUGCUUGACCGGCAAUUACUUUCUUAUAUUGUUCCAUUCACUGAAAUAGUAUAUUUGAAAUCCCCUUCUUUCUAUUACUCAUAUUGGGAUAGAACGAGGGACUUUUCGAGGUUACCAAGAAAGAUUGGUUCUUUCCAGUUGUUUUUAGAAGAAUAUACCGAUGCUCUGACUUGGUUUAAGCUAUUUCCUGUGCCUAAUGAAUUGUCAUCCUUACCCGACAGCUCUGACAUUGUAAUUAAUUUGAAUGAGACUAUUCUGGAUUCAAGGUUCCGAUGGUCCAAAGGCUCUAUGAAGCAGUUUAGAGAAGAGCUUGAAAAGUUGGUAAUCCUUGAUUACAUUAUGAGAAAUACGGAUCGAGGUUCUGAUAAUUGGAUGAUCAAGAUUGAUUGGAAAGAAGUAUGCGCUGAUAACUUAAAUAGGACGGUGACACCUUACAUUCGAAUAGGAGCGAUAGAUUCUGGGCUAGCAUUUCCUUGGAAGAGACCAGAUGGAUGGAGAUCCUUCCCUUUUGGUUGGCUAUUUUUGCCCUUGUCUCUCAUUGGCCAGCCUUUUUCUACGAAGACUAGAAAUCAUUAUCUUCCACUUCUAACAUCUUCACAUUGGUGGGAGACGACUGUCGUUCGGUUAAAAGAAGUAUUCCAAAAGGAUAAUGAUUUUAAGGAGAGGAUGUGGUCUCGACAACUCGCUGUGUUGAAAGGUCAGGCGUUCAUUGUCACGGAGGUAUUGAAACUAAGUCAUGCAGGUCCUUUGGAGCUCACCAGAAGAGAUAACUUAUUAAUAUGGGAUGAUGUAAUGUAUGCCCCUAGUCUGAUCAAUAAUGAUGUCAUGACUAAUGCUAUGGAGUCUAGCAUAUACGAUUUGAAUCCAUCUGAACAAGAUUAUAGAAAUAGAAUGGAUACAAUACAUGAAUCGGGUGAGGACCACGAAAGAAUUCCCCUUUUGAAAGGCUCACCAAGUAAAAAGGGAGCUAAUAAGAAGAUAUCACAUCAGACGCUUUCUCCAGAAACAGGAAUGUCUGGCUUUGAAUACAAUUUAAAUUAUGACACUCACGGGAAUAAAAAUGAUCCCAGUGAUGUCAAAAAAGUCAUUAUUGAACGAUUGGAAAAAGUAAAAAAUAAACCACCGGUGUUUACAUGGUGUUAA